AUGUGGAGUUGUAAUGCUGUCAAGAAUCCAAUAGUUCCUGGUACUGUUUUGUCAAGGGAAGGCAGCAGCAAAGAUGUUGAUGCAAUGUUGUACAAACAACUAGUAGGGUGCUUAAUGUAUCUAACGGUAACGCGUCCGGAUUUGAUGUUUGUGGUAUGCUUAAUCUCUCGUUAUAUGGCUGAACCUAAAGAAGAACACAUGAUGAUUGCUAAAAGGGUACUAAGGUACUUGAAAGGAACACUGGAGCUGGGAAUUUUUUACAAGAGAAGCACGGAUGCGAAUCUGUUGGGAUACACAGACAGCGACUAUGCACGAGAUGUGGACGAUAGAAAAAGUACUUCGGGCUAUGUCUUUCUACUAAGUGGUGCAACAAUUUAUUGGAGUUCAAGAAAACAAGGGAUUGUGACUCUCUCAUCUACAGAGGCUGAGUAUGUAGCUGCCACUACCUGUGCAUGUCAUUGCGUCUGGCUGAAAGGAAUUUUGAAAGAGUUAAGCGUCAAAGACUGUAAUUGCAUUCACAUAAUGUGUGAUAACAGUUCAGCAAUUAAACUAUCCAAGAAUCCCGUUAUGCAUCGAAGGACAAAACACAUUGAUGUUAGAUAUCAUUAUCUACGCAAUUUAUCAAGUGAAGGAACUGUGAAGUUAGCAUUUUGUGGAACUGAUGAUCAAGUGGCAGACAUAAUGACUAAACCUAUUAAGUUGGAUCAGUUUGUGAAACUUAGAGGUUUGCUUGGUGUUCGACGACCUGAGGAGUAA